ACUACAGUCUUAAAUUACAAUUUUUGAUUUAUUGCGCGAUGGGCGUUGGAGGUUAAGGACAUUUAAGGGCACACGAUUAUUAAUGUAAGAUGGAGACGUAGAGAUGAAAGUGAGCUUCUUCUUUUUCUCCUAGGAAAAACUUCCAACGAUGCAAAAGAUUCAUCAUUCAUUUCCAAUUAAAUUAAUUUUGAAGAUUCGUACAGAUUCCAAAAAAUAUUUGAUGUAACACCAUUUUUAUACGUAUAAAGAUAUCGAAUGCUAUUAUGUGAGAGAUGAUGCGUCUUCAAAAAGAUAAAAAUCAAUUUUGGACGUUAAAGGUCUUCUUCAAAAUCAUCUCCAAUGCACAAUUCUAUUUUUUUUUUCUUCAAAAUUUUAUAAAGAAACCGAGUUUACUCCAACUCUGUUUUAUUUUCUGAAUAAUGGAAUUAUGAGUUAAAAAUAAGUGUAUUUGUUCAAUUUUUGGAGUAUUCUCGUUUUUACUCUAUUACAAAUUGGAAAAUGUAGUAAUGUUGAAAUUUUAAAAUUCAAACCUCUAUUUUUAAGUUGAAAAUUGAGUAGGUUUGGAAAUGUUCUGACACGUAAAUGAUAGUAUCAUUAUUUACCAUCACUCAGGAGUAUCAUGUGUGUGAUUGAGGAAAUUAGUUUAUUAAGAAAGUUGUACAAAACUUCAUAAAGGUUUAGGGAAGUGGGAGUGAAAUGAGUAAUGAGACAGUGUAUCCGAUUUGUGGGGUUGGUGAACUAUGGUGUGGUAUGGUGCUGGUGCAUGCGGGUUGGUUAAAAGUUUAGUUGGUACCCUCUUUUUGGACCGCACAACCUUACUAAUGAUGGCAAAUACGAUUUAUAAAACAACAAAUCAUUGUCACUAUUAAUUUGAAGGUCAUUAAAUGUGUUAACCUUUUAUGUUUCUUCUUCUUUUAUUUGACAUAUAUAUAGCUGUGUCUUUUUUUUUUGUCACAAUAUAUAGCUGUGUCUAACUGUAACAAUCUAUACGCGUUAUAAUGAUCACAACUAUUGAUGUUUCACCAACCUUUCCUCAACAGGCUAUACGAGCUUGUAUAGGAUUUAUAUGCAAAACUCCAGUACACCGUAGAGUGUGAUUAAAACUGCCAAAAUAUCUAAACCAAUAAAGCUUUUUCGAUUAAAACCCUAUAAUCCAAUCACAUACCUCAAAUCCAUAGGGCUUGUGGGUCUUAUUGCCCACAACUACAAUCAAAUAAAACAAGCAAGUAAUGGGCUUGGGCUUUUAACAUUUAUCAUGGCCUUUUAAAUGACAUAAAGCCCGUUUAGUACAAUACUAAGGCGGUCUGAAUAAUCACCAGGGCUUCCAGUUGCCCUAAUAUCUCUUCGUAUAUAACAAACAUCACGAACGUACUAACUUCUCAUCACCGCUUCUUCCUCCGCCUUCAAACAGUACCUUAGUAGUCUUUGUUAGCUUUAUCUCUAUAGUAAAUUUGAUAUCUUUGUCAUUGACGCGAUUCCCUCUCCAAGGGAUCAUUUACUCAAACGGAGCAAUCUUUUAAAACCGUGAUUGCAUAAUCCAAGAGUAAACGUCAUAAAGGAAAAACUAUAACCCGAAGACGUUGUAGGAGCCUUCACGGCUUCUCCGUCCAAGGUUACUGGCUCUCAUAUUCCAUUGCUCUGCGGAGCGGCGUCGCUGCUUUUACCGUUUGGGCCGGCCAUGAGAUCUAUAUUUCAUUUUAUUUGAAUUAUAAUUAGUGUUUAUUAGAGCCAAUGAGGAGAUCAGAUUAUAAAAAGAACACCAUCUUUCGGGACUGAUUAUUUAUUGAUGUUACUUCUGCAAUUCUGAGGCUUUAGUGUCUGUUAUUACCGUUAGUGUUUUUUAGUUUUGUAAUAAGGCAGUGAUGAUUGAGAAUGUCAUGCACCACUCUGAUUCGUGCUGAUAACCAUCUCUACCCAUAUUAUUUCUGAGCCUUUUUUAAUUAUUUGAUUUUGUUAGAGAGAUAACCAAAUGAUGGUCAUUAUUUAAAUGAUAUAACCUUGAUGCGGUCUGUAUUGCUUGUGAUGUUAUCUUUUGGUUCCUGAUGGUUAUUAGCUGUUUUUAUGUUUUUAUUGAAUUUGCCCGAUGAAGAAGAAUUCCCAAAGAUAGGAAGUGCCGUAUGACAAUUAAACGUAGUUUCGGACUGAACCGGAGAAUGCAUCCGGUUUUGAUUUCUCCGUUCCCGUUCACUCUUCUUAACCGAAUCUGUUUUUUUUUCGGAACGGUUUUGAAGUUGUUCGGUGCGGGUUGUCUUAACCGUACUUUCUUUUAGCUUCUGUGUCCGUUUCUUUGUGGUUGAUUUUAAACGGGUUUCUGAGGGUUUUUAAUAUUUUCAUUAUUUGAUUUUGAUGAUUAAUUGUUCGAUGCCACGUCUGCGAUAGCUUUUUAGCAGUGAUCGUCGAUGCUACAUUGGACAUAAACAGAUGUUUGUGUUUCGCCUUUCUGAUAGGAACCUGUGGAUCCUGUGAUCUUUGGGGCCAAUAUGGCGAUUACAUUUUAAAUUAUGAAUGUCAUGAUUAUCAAUUUUUUGGGGAGUGAUUGAUGAUGAUUAUCGCUAAAAUAUGGAAUUACCGUCUGAGUUUUAUUACUUUGAUGUGAAAAACGCUGGCUUUACUGAGAUUACCUCCCUAUAUUCAUGUUGAUAUUUCUUUGUUUUGUAACUUGUUUACAUUAUGGACAGUGACGAUUGAUACUAAGGUCUCGUUCGUCGUAACAUAGGCUGUAAAAAGCCUAUUUGCCGACCAUUCUGUUAUAUCACCACCCAUAUGCUGAGUCCUACUUUUUUUUUGUAUUCAUUAUGUUUUCGAUUGGCCAAUGAUUAAAUUUGAUAAAGACAAGCAUAUGUCUAAAUAAUCUAUGUUGAUAAAUUUAUCUUCAUGAGGCCGACCUCUUUCAUCUUCGGAUGUUUUUUUUGUCAUCUGGCUUAUUUAAAGUGUUUUGUGAAUUGAGGUGUAAUGAUUUGUUUAUCAUAAUGUUGAAAAGACCGUUGACUCGUUAAGUCCCUAGUUUGAGGCUGUCGUGGUUGGGGUUGGAGAUAAGGUGUUCGUCGGGCUUCAAUGAGCAACGCAUAUUUGGUUGCUGUUUUUUUCUUCGGGUUCUCAAGUGUCUCAUCGUCGCUUGAUCUUUUGCUGAAUGCACAAAUUAUUAAUAGUGAGAAAUAAAAUGAAAAUCAUUAACUACUGGGUGGUUUUAAUUGACCAGUAUUUUCAAAAUAUAGUAGAAUUUGGAUUACAUGAUUUCAGCAUGUGUAUAUCCUAAGAACCAUUUAUUUAGCGGCGGCGUAGUACCUCAAUCGUUAUUUCAAAUUAGUAUUGGAUCUUCAAUUAACAUUGUGUGAUUAGUUUCUCCAAAAGGAAGUUAACGUGGAAUGUGUUAUUGAUUAUGGACAACAGUAUAAAAAGAAUGUGAAAGAAGAUAUUGAUGAUGUUGUAUUCUUCUCACGUGGCUCGAUGUAGGCAAGCAAAUGUAGAGUCGUGGUAGAGUAAAUAACUGUGCUCUGCAAAUUGGCGAAAUCCUAAUCCACGUUAAGCAGGUUUACGAAACGUUUCUCAAAAUUCUCGUGAUGAAUUUUACCAUGUGAGACCUGUCAUUACUUGUAUUCACUCUUAGUACAGUUCUAGAUUCCUUUGUUCUUUCUAACUGAAACUUAAGUUUCUAGAAUAAGACUUGUUAUUAUAACAAUAAUGUUCGUGUUAAAGUUCUUCUGUUAGACCUACUGAUCAGGCUUGCUGAAAUUAGCAAAUUCUUCAUACUCACACUAACUGAAGUGUUCUCUUAGGUUCCAGAGAUUCUGUUAGACCUAAACACUGCUUUACGCUGUUUCCUGGUUACAAUGCUCCGCGGAUGUCCCCACCCGAAAGUACUUCUAGCCUUCAGCCAUAUGACUAGAGACAGCAGCUAAAAGAGAAAUUUAAGGCGAUUAUAAAUGGAAAGAUUACCAAGUGCAAUUAGCUCAACUGGACAUUCUAGAAUUUGUGUUUAAUGUGUGUUAUGCAUAUGCAAGGAAAAUAAAUUAAUUUAUAUUUUGUUAUUAUUAUUUUGCGUCAGUUUUGUUUUGUGUUCUAAAAAUAGUAUGGUAGUAGUUGUUCAAACAAGAUGUAGAGAAUGAUUUGGCAUGUUGAAUUCUCAGAAACAGUUUACCAUUUUUGUGCCAACUGUUAAGUUAAUCUUUAAUAACUGAAGGUAGAACCUGAUGUCCUCACUCCUAUUAUAAACCUUUUCGAACUCUCUCUUCUUUACCUCAUUUCUUCAAAGCAUCUAGCAAUCGUUGAAAACGUUCUUGGAGCUUUUAUCUUACAGAGAUGGUUGAACGUGGAAUAGCCAAAACAGAAGAGAUACGUUUCACAGAGGUGUGGAGGACGACAUGGGAGACACCUUACAUCAUGCGGCUAGCUCUCUCUGCCGGUAUAGGAGGUCUCCUCUUCGGCUACGACACGGGUGUUAUCGCGGGAGCUCUUCUUUACAUCAGAGAGGAGUUUCAAGUAGUUGACGACAAGAGAUGGCUCCAGGAGAUGAUUGUGAGCAUGACCGUGGCUGGAGCCAUUGUCGGAGCAGCUGUAGGAGGAUGGUACAACGACAGGUUUGGUCGGAAGACGUCCAUUCUCAUUGCUGACGUUCUCUUUAUGGUUGGUGCUGUUGUGAUGGCCCUUGCUCCUGCACCGUGGGUCAUCAUCGUUGGCAGAGUCUUGGUGGGGUUUGGAGUUGGUAUGGCUUCCAUGACUUCACCGCUUUACAUCUCGGAGAUGUCUCCAGCGAGAAUCAGAGGCGCGUUGGUUAGUACCAAUGGACUUCUCAUCACUGGAGGACAGUUUCUGUCUUAUCUCAUUAACCUCGCCUUCAUCCAUACACCAGGGACAUGGAGGUGGAUGUUGGGAGUCUCAGCGGUUCCAGCCAUCAUUCAGUUCCUGUUAAUGCUGACACUGCCAGAGUCUCCACGUUGGCUUUACAGAAACGACAUGAAGGCUGAGUCAAGAGACGUCCUCGAGAGAAUCUACCCUGCAGAGGAAGUUGAAGCUGAGAUAGCUGCACUCAAAGAGUCAGUCAUGGCAGAGAAGGCUGAUGAAGACAUCAUCGGCCACACCUUCUACGCUAAACUCAAAGGCGCUCUCUCUAACCCCGUCGUCCGCCACGGCCUUGCAGCUGGUAUCACCGUCCAGGUGGCACAACAGUUUGUGGGAAUCAACACGGUCAUGUACUAUAGUCCCACUAUCCUUCAGUUUGCAGGUUACGCCUCAAACAAGACAGCAAUGGCUUUGUCCCUUAUAACCUCUGGUCUCAACGCGUUGGGGUCGAUUGUGAGUAUGAUGUUGGUUGACCGUUAUGGCCGGCGCAAGCUCAUGAUCAUUUCCAUGUUUGGUAUCAUAUCUUGUCUUGUCAUUUUGGCGGCCGUCUUCUCUGAAACCUCAAAGCAAGCUCCUAAGAUUGACACGAGAGACUCCAUAAGUUUUGCUCCGAAUGGUACUUGUCAGGCAUUUGCUCCCUACAUAGCCUCAAAGGCUUCUCCAUCUAACUGGAACUGUAUGAACUGUCUUAGAUCACAUUGUGGAUUCUGCUCCAACAAAGCACAAGAGUAUGCACCUGGAGCAUGUAUUGUUCUAUCUACUGACAUGAAGUCAUUGUGCCACUCGAAAGGAAGAACAUACUUCAAAGACGGAUGCCCCAGCAAGUUCGGGUACUUAGCCAUAAUCUUCCUCGGCCUCUACAUCAUCGCCUACGCUCCCGGUAUGGGGACAGUGCCAUGGAUUGUAAACUCUGAGAUAUACCCUCUACGCUACAGAGGGCUAGCAGGAGGAAUAGCUGCAGUAUCAAACUGGUCAUCGAAUCUCAUCGUGAGUGAGACGUUCCUGACGCUGACUCACGAGGUUGGUUCGUCAGGAACGUUCCUUCUCUUUGCAGUUUCCUCAGCAACAGGGUUGGUGUUCAUAUGGAUGCUUGUGCCUGAGACUAAAGGGCUUCAGUUUGAGGAAGUGGAGAAGCUGCUAGAAGACGGGAUUAGGCCUAGCUUGUUCCGACGGAUGUCUAGAGUUAAAGAAGUAGAUACGUCUUAGCUGCUGCUGCUGCUACUUCUUCUUCUGGCUGAAAAGCCAAACAACAAUACUUACGGUUACAGAUGUGCUUAGUUUGUAAAUUCAUUAUAUUUUUUUUAACUCAGCUCAUUACAGCUGAGAAACUCAACUAUGUAUACGUAAAGAUAGACCAGCAUACAGUUGGAAGAUACACUCAUAUAAAAAAUAAUAUCAUACUAUCAACAUCUCUUUCAUAACCUUUAUCAUACUGGCACUUAUAAGAUCAACAUAUCUUCUACCUAGAGUAAUCAGAAACUAACAAAACAACAAGUGAGGUUGAAAUAGAGAUGCUUAGGAGU